AUGGCACUACUUCCAACCCGUAUUUACAAGGCAUUCAACCCGCCUUUGGUAAAGAAGACAGACGGUGCCAUAAAAGUUGGAGUUCUGGGAGCUGCUAAAAUUGUGCCAUUGCUGCCAGAGAUCGUUCUCGCGCCGAGGAAUUCGCUAAGAAGCACGGUAUUCCCGAGGUCAGGGACACUUAUCAAGGUUUAUCGAGUUCCAGACAUUCAAUGUCAAUAUUCUAUGAGCCAAGUGACUCUAACCUUUGUUGAAGAAAUUCUCGAUGACCCAAACAUCGAUGCCGUUUUUGUGCCCUUGCCAAACGCCUUGCAUUAUGAGUGGUCUACACGAGCCAUACGAGCUGGAAAACAUGUUUUGGUCGAAAAGCCGUCGGUUGAUAACACGACUGAGGCCGAUAUGCUUUUCAACAUGCCAGAACUAUCGUCAACGCACCCAAGCCCGAGAGUCUUGCUGGAAGCUAUGCACAACAAGUUCCAUCCCGCACUGCACAAAUUCAUGACUUUUGUUACUCCUGCCGACGUCAUUCACGUUUACACAGACAGCAUGGCGCCCGCCUGGUUUACUGCGGCGGAUAACCUCAACCACAAAUACCAGCUUGGAGGCGGCAGUAUCAUGGCACUCGGAACGUACAACUUUGGAGUCAUGCGCAUGAUCUUUGGCCAAGAGCCUGAAGAGUGUCUCGAAUGCGAUACUACAGUCUUUGACGGUGGCGACUGCAAACAGUGCGACUACACUUUCAAGGCCAGAUUUCAAUUUCCCAACGGGACUGGCUAUGCCACAACCAUUGUGAAGGGCCCUGCCCUCUGGAAGCCUUCUGAAGCCAGAGUCACACAUAGGAAGGUUGUGGUCCCCGACAAAAGCUUGUCGGACACCCAGGAGAAGACGCGGACGCGGUUGGUCACUCUCCAUGGGUUCAUGCACGCGGUCGCCUGGCAUCGGAUUGAUGUUGAAGACUCGUAUGAGAUUCGCAACGUCGUCAACGGUCAAACAGUCAAGAAGUGGGUAGAAUCUAGUUCGCACACAGCGUACACGUAUCAAGAUGCCGAUGAGGAGCUUCCGGGUCUAGGCGAGUACUGGUGGUCGUCAUUCCGGUAUCAGCUCGAGGCGUUUGUCAACCGGGUCAAGGGGCGCGAGACGCAUUACUGGGUCACUGGGGAAGACUCGAUCAAGCAGAUGAAGAUGAUUGAUAUGGCAUAUGAAAAGAGUGGGUUGGGAUUACGACCGACUAGCACUUUCCGUUGA